GUGGCCAAGUACCUUUUAAAUUCUUUCGUCUCAACAAUAAUUUAUUUUCACUAAGUUCAAAAUUAAUCUAUAAUUUUUGACAAAAACAAUUGACACAAUUUAAACAAAAGUGAUUAUGUCGUGUAAUUAAAAAAUUUCGCGUUACUAAUGAAUUAAAAAAGCAAUUACAUCCAAGAUGUUCCCGGUAGAGAUUUGGGAAAUAAUUUUGCAAAAGAUUCCUGAUCCAUCUGCACUGAUGGUCCUUCAAGAAGUUUGUUCAACUUGGUACUGGAUUAUUGAAAAAAUAAUAAAAAACUUCAAUUGGAAGCGAACAUGCAUGCAUGAAAUAGGACGCAGUCAUGUUCAUGAUAUCAUGAUAAAAGCAUUUCCUUCACACUGUCUUGAUGAUUAUCCAGUAAUUAUUGAUGAAGAAAUUUGGAGAGGAACUUUUUAUUCUUUUUCUAAAUGGAUAAUGAUUUUACAAGCUGAAGCGGUGUUGACAAAAAUUCAUGUUUCUGAAAAAUUUAAAGAAAAUGAAUUAAUAACAUGCACAGCAGCUUCAAGUGAUAAUGUUGCAGCUGGGACUGAUUUAGGCUCUAUAUAUUUUUAUAAUAUAUUUAAUGUAAAUGAACCAGUUUUUACAGCAACUCACGGUGAACCUAUUGAUCAAAUUGAAUUUUGGUAUAAUGACCAAGAAGAAAUACUAGUUGUUUCAAAAUCUAAAAAUAAUUCAAUUAAAUUUUGGAACGUGACUGCUAAAAAACAAUUAAAGUCUUCUAUUUCUUCAGCUCAAUCUAUUUGCGCUGGAUCAAUGAAUAAUUGUUAUUCACAAAAUGAAGGAAUAAUUUAUGAACAUUCAUGCACAAUGAGUAUAAUUAUCUCUAAAAAACAUUUACAAUUUGAUUUAGGCGAUGCAACUGCAAUUGGAAUUUAUUUAAGAAAUGCAAGGCCUUUAUUACUAUCUUAUAAAAACAACAGUGAAUUAAAAUUGUUUCUCAGACAAGAUAUGGCUUAUGGAUUGUCAAGUAAAUCCGAGAGAGUAUUAAAAUCAUACAUAAUUCCAGAUGAUUCAUCCUUAUCUCUCAGAAUUAAAUUUUAUGUAACGUAUUACAACGCGAUUAUUUUUAUUAUCGGAAGAUAUUUAUUUAUUAGUUUUUCUUAUGACUACAAUAUAUACGACAUAUUUUCAUACCUUGGAGGGUGUAUCACAUCUGUUAUUACUCAUGGACAUAUUUUAUUUUUUGGUUUAGAUUCAGGAGUAAUUCAUAUAAUUUAUGCCCCUACUGCCGAUUGUCUGCUGCAUCUUAAUUUUGAUAAUGUCAAGUCGAAAAGUAUAAGAAUUUCUAAUGACGAACCUAUUAUUUCCAUGAACAUUGCUGAGGCUGAAAAAGAUCCGUAUAUUUUUGUAGCGACGAAAACAAAAAAUUAUAUUGUUAAUUUUAUUUAAUUGAUAAUUAUUUUUUUUUAUUAUAAACAAUUAGUAAG